ACCCAACAAAACGAACCAGAACACAAAUGCUCAUUAUUUGUUCGACUUUUCUUUGCUCUCUCUAAAAGACCAUAACUCCACCGAUCAAUUCCUCUCUCUCUCUCUCUCUGAUUCAGCCUCAGUAUUUUUGAUUGAGAGGGGGAGAGAAUGUCUGGCGGGGGUACUCAGAAGAGCUUGAGGAAAGCACUUGGAGCCAUCAAGGAUACCACCACUGUUUCAUUGGCUAAAGUCAAUAGUGAUUAUAAGGAAUUGGAUAUUGCUAUAGUUAAGGCCACAAAUCAUUAUGAACGUCGUGCAAAGGAAAAACAUAUAAGAGCUAUUUUUGCUGCCAUUUCAGCUACUAGGCCUCGGGCUGAUGUUGCCUAUUGCAUCCAGGCUCUUGCAAGGCGGCUAUCAAGGACUCAUAAUUGGGCGGUUGCAUUGAAAACUUUAAUAGUCAUUCAUCGUGCUCUGAGGGAGGUGGACCCUACAUUUCAUGAAGAAGUCAUUAACUAUGGCAGAAGUAGAAGCCAUAUGCUUAACAUGUCUCAUUUCAAGGACGAUUCCAGCCCAAAUGCAUGGGAUUAUUCUGCCUGGGUUCGCACUUAUGCCUUAUUCUUGGAGGAGAGGCUGGAAUGUUUUCGUGUCUUGAAGUAUGAUAUUGAGAUGGACCGCCCAAGAACGAAAGAUUUGGACACUGCAGAGUUGCUUGAGCAGUUGCCAGCUUUGCAACAGCUCCUUUUCCGCGUUCUUGGCUGUCAGCCACAAGGUGCAGCUGUUCAUAAUUUUGUAAUCCAGUUGGCGCUUUCAAUGGUGGCUACUGAAAGUGUCAAAGUUUAUCAAGCUAUAAGUGAUGGUACAGUCAAUCUCGUAGACAAGUUCUUUGAGAUGCAACGUCCAGAUGCUAUAAAGGCUUUGGAUAUAUACAGGAGAUCGGGGCAACAGGCCGAGAGACUUUCAGAAUUUUACGAAGUAUGUAAAAGUCUUGAUGUUGGGCGUGGAGAAAGGUUUAUUAAGAUAGAGCAGCCACCUGCAUCAUUUCUACAAGCCAUGGAAGAGUAUGUAAGAGAAGCUCCACGGGCUUCAACAGUUCGCAAAGAUCAGGUUGACAAACCCAAGGAGGUGUUGGCCAUUGAGUACAAGAAAACCCUGGAGGUGCAGGAGGAAUGUAAACGUUCACCAUCACCUCCUCCUCCUGAACCAGAAAAAGUGGAGAAAGUGGAAGAGCCUAUUGUUGAACCACCUGAUUUGUUGGGUUUAAAUAAUUCUGUCCCAGUUGCUUCAGAAUUAGAUGAGAAGAAUGCCUUGGCAUUGGCUAUUGUUCCUGCUGAGCAAAUGACUUCUGCUGCUGCUCCUGUUCAAACCAAUGGUACUACUGGCUGGGAAUUGGCACUUGUCACUGCUCCAAGUUCAAAUGACAGUGCUACUGCUGCUAGCAAACUGGCGGGAGGACUUGACAAGCUUACAUUAGACAGCCUGUAUGAUGAUGCAAUCAGAAGAAGCAACCAGAGCGUGACCUAUAAUCCCUGGGAACCAGCUCCUAUGUCUGGUGCCAUGAUGCAACAACCAGCGCAUGACCCCUUUUAUGCUUCCAACAUGGUUCCUGCUCCACCUUCAGUCCAGAUGGCAGCAAUGGCCAAUCAGCAGCAGGCUUUUAUGUUGCAGCAGCAGGUGAUGAUGAUGGGCCCGCAACAGCAGGCUUCAAAUCCUUUUGGCAAUCCUUAUGGAGCCAGUGUCCACCCUUACGGCUCAGGUAUGCCAGUUCAAGCACACAAUCCAUAUACAGGCCUUCUAUAGAUGCUUUGUGCAAAGAACGUGUUAAUAUAUCUUGAAGCACAGGAAAGAAGAAAUAUGCCAAUUGUCAGCUGUGAAUUCAGAGCAUGGAAAAUGCUUGAAAGAGUAGGAAAUUGUGUACCAUAUGUUGUGAAUGUGCAGUAGUUAGCUAGAUUAAGAUUCUUUGUUAAAUAAUUAGUGAGAGAGAGAGAGAGAGAGAGAGCGAGCAUUUUGUUAUUGAUUAUUUUCAUUGAUGAAGGUUGGUAAUAAUGCUUGUAGACUUGGUUAAGUUUUUCAAUUUUUCUUAAACCUGCUAAAGUGUUGAUGCUGAAGCAGGAGCUUUGUUCCUGUUUUGUUUCAGGAUUUUUCCCCCUUCUUUUUCAUUUUGAGUCUUUUAAGGUUGUAGAUGAUAGAAAUGAUUUGUAAUCUUUUGAACUGUUCCUACGCACUUAUAUGAUGAGGAAGCAUGAGUAUUAAAUUUC